GGUGUUAUAUGAUUGGUUGAAAAAUAUGAGAUAAUCAACCAUAAACUGACAAAUUCUGCAUAUCCAGUGUUAUUUCCUAUCUGCAUUUAUCAUUAAACAAACAAUAAAUGAAGAACUGUAUAUACUUCCAAUAUGAUACUGUUAUAAAAAAUAAAAUAAAAUGCGUUUUAUACAGUCUGUUGUACAAAGUCAAUGAUAUUUUAACGGUGGAUUACCUCCUACCGAAACAAUAAGUCAAAUAGAGCUGGAUCCACGUUUUGACCAAAUUCCCUCAUCUCUUCCUCGCCUGAUCUCCUACAUGUCACUAUAACAUUGGCGAGGCAACCGUCGCUCCCCCAUUCGGAUUCCACUCGAGCGAUGACCUGGAAAGCGACUCAUUAUCACCUUUAUUCAAAAUGAUAACCAAUAAUAUAACAGAAUUCCUCUCCAAAUGAAUGCUUCUCAUCAAAUGGAUGAAAGUACUUCACCGAUUAAUUCUACAGACUUUAUGAUUGAUUUAAUCUUUGUCAAUGAUACUACAGAAACAUUGAUAACAAGUACACUACAGUAUAAUACCUCACCGACGCUAUCAACUGCUCAGCGUAGUAUAAUUCAGCAUUAUAAAGACAAUCAUAGCAAAACUCUAAUCAUCAAAUCAAAUCAAUCCUUGGUCAAAGGUAUUCGUAAUGCUCUUGAUCAACCGUUAGCUGGUUUAAUUGUGAUCGGUUCAUUAUUUUUUACAAUUAGUCUACUGUUGGCUUUAAUUGUAUUUAUAUUCUAUAAAAAGCGUAACACUGUAUUUGUAUAUGAGAAAAGUCAACACAGUGGACUGUAUUCAUCUGCUCACGAUAGAUCCAUAGUGAUCGGUCAAAGAAAACAAGCCCGACAGAUACAUCAUAAACACACGAUGGCUCCAGAUGGAAAUAAUAAUUCAGCUGAAAGUUCAAAUGAUGAUGAUGAGGAGGAUUACGAGGAUGAGGAAGAUACUGAAAUUGAGUACAAUUUUAGUCUAUGCAAUACGAAUGACGACGACAAUGGCAGUGGCAGUGGCGGCGGUGAAAAUCAUGUGAAUGCGAAUGAAAUUGAAUUAAAAAGUCAUAAUACGAAAGCAUCUUAUAUAAUACGACCAAAGUAUGAAAUUUUACAAAAUCCUCAGUGUAUAGUAAAACUAUCAUACAACAAUAUGAAGCAUUCGUUACGUGUAAAUGAUGGCAUUAAAAAUUAUGAAGAAUUAUCAGUAGACAAUAUGCACAAAACGAUUCGGUAUCAAUCAAAACACCAUGGAAAUCAUUUGUUGGUGUAUAAUGGUCAAGUUAUUAGAAAUCCAAGAUUUGUAUUGUGUCCUAAACAUGCACAUCUAUUGAACAGUCAAAACAAAUCGGUCAUACCGAAUGAAGAAAGACAUCAGCAGACAUCAACACAUUAAGAUGUUGACUCAGUCGAAAAUGGAGACAAACGAGCUGUUUAAUAAAAAAGGUUAUACAUAUACUGGAAUAUCUACUGAUAAGCAGUAAUAGCAGAAGAGUAAUAAAAUAAUGUUUUUACGUUUUCUAAUGUACUCAUCGACGCAGAACGCAUU